UCGGAGUAACGCGCAGUGUGAAACGCGUUUAAAGGUGUUAAAACAACAAAUAAAUUAUAAAAAAAUUGUUUUGUGCACUGUUCUCAAGUGCAGCUUACGCAAUAUCCUAAAAUGUAAUGGUGAAACGUGUUAGUUAUAGCUUAAAAUGUAGUUUUUAAAUUUAUCUUAUUAGCGUGUUGGUAAAAAUGGAAAACACAUAGGACGUGAAAGUGGAAACGUUUAUUUAAGCAGGCAGCAAACGUUAAAACAACGCCGCGUUUCACAACUACAAAACCUGCAAGCCAAAUUACAGUGCGUUCGUUUCGAAUUUCUGAAAAUGUGAAAAACAGCAAACAAGCAAGUGCAUGCAAAACGAAAUUCAAGUGCCGAAAAAAGCAAAUGCUACAUAUUAAACCGAAAUCGGAGCAUGCCAUAUAAAUCUCGUGUUGUGUACAAUUAAGUGAUACAAAAUAAUCAUACACGCAAAUGGAACAUACAACGAAAGAUCGUUUGAUGAGUUAAAUUUUAAGCAGUUUCGUUGUGCUGGACAACAACAAGAACAACAAAAAGAAAACAAAACAAAACAAAACAAAACAACGACACGCCGAGAACAAGAACAACGAGUGUUAGAAUUUAACUGCAAUAGGAAAAGUAACAGUAGGCGCGCCAAUAGGAAGCGUCGACUCAGUAGAGAAGAGAAGUAGAAGGAACAAUACGCACCGUUAUGUUUGUAAUGGCUAACAAUGUAAUGUGGCACAGUGUUGGAAAUCGUUUUUGCAAUUUGAAUGCGCGCCGCCUACAAUUAGCAGCUGCCAGCAGCGGUCAGGCAAACGCCGCCGAAAAGAGCAUUUCUGGUUAUGCAUUAGGCCCCCAAAGGUUUGGGGGCACCAUCACCAAUAGAAGCAGUAGCAACAGGGACAGCAGCGCAACGCGGCUAAAGUCACAAGAUCAAGAACUACAACAAAAACAACAACAACAACAACAGCGGCGGCCGCAGAGGCAAAAGCUUCUAGUGAAAAAGAUGUCUAGUGAAGUAGUGUUGUGAAAUGCCAAAAGUUAAAAAGCAUAAGCAGCAACAUAAGAAGCAAAAGAGCAACAAAAACUUAGCACCAGUAAAAAGCAUCCCCCGCCCCCGUCUAAAGCAUAAAAAUUUAGUUUUAAAACAAUAUACCGCAUAUAUAUAUAUAAAAAUAUACAAAUAUUAUUUGGUGAGCAAUAAAAUUUGUAAAAAUGCCCAUGUCCACGCACGACACGGUCUUUGUGGAACCUGUCGUCAGCAGCGGCAGCAACAGCAACAGCAGCAGCAACAACAGCGUCAGCAGCAGAAUUGGCAUCAGCGGGCCACAGCAGCAGCAGCAUCCACCGCAUAUUGUCAUCGAUGGGAGCAGCCUCUCAACGCAGGCGCAGCUGAAGCGCACCAUGCAGCGGCGCAUGUCCAUUCAAGCGCAGCCCGCUCAAAAGUACGCGGUGCGUACGACAGCAACGCAACAGCAGCAUAUGCCACACCAGCAGCAGCAACAUGAAUUGCUUAAUCCGCAAAUCUACAAGAUUGUUACUACCGAUGGCAGUACUAGCAAUGUCAUCAUCGAUACCUCAGCCGCGGCGCCGCCACAUAACUCCCAGCUUUUGCUUAGUAAUCUCACGGUGCUGUCUAAGCAGGCGCCAUCCAUGUCCUCCCAGUCACAACAUCAGCAGCAACAGCAGCAGCUUAGCUAUGUCAACGCGAAGAAUUUGCCCUAUGUGACGGCCACGCCCGCAAUUAAGCAGCAGCAGCAGCAACAACAGCAGAAGUUUGGCACUGUCAGCGCCUACAAAACCGUGGGUGCUGGCGCCAAUACAAAACAAUUGCAAGGCUACGCGCAGGCAACGCAGCAGGCAACAACAACGCCGCUAAUGCAUAAGGUGACGUUGGGCUCCCGUGUUGUAACGCGACUCCAAUCGUAUGUGCCUCCGCAGCAACAGCAGCAGCAGCAGCCGCCGCAGAUAAUUGUGCAGCCAGCAGCAGCAGCGGCACAGCAGAAAUAUGUAAAUGCUGUGGCCAAUCGGCCGGCGAUAACGACAGCAGCUGGCGGCGCAGCUGCGGCUCUGCUCAAGAAGGCCAAUCAAAAGAUAACUGUUAAAAGUGUUGGCAAUAUGUUGCAGCAACAUCACCCACAACAACAGCAGCAGCAGCAGCACCAGCAACAACAACAACAGCAGUUUAAAGCUUUUAUCUCCUCACAGCAGGCAACACACAAAGCAGGAGUCAAAACCAAAUUUGUCAAGCAAUACAACAGCGUUGGCAGCGCAGCCACCGGGCUGUCCAUUGCUGCCGUCCCUCAGCAGCAGCAGAAUGUCUACGCCAAACAGCAGCAGCAGCAGCUGCAGCUGACGCCCAACAAGCUUGGCAAACUGACUGCAGGCAGCAACACAAAGUAUGUCUUGCAACAGCAACCGCUUCAACAGUUGGCCGCCAAUUUGCCGCAGGGCACGCAGCUGCAGCAGAAGACGACAUCGGCCACGGGCGGCGGUGGCGGCUACAUGCUGCAGCAGUCCACGCCGGGCGCCAUUAAGUUUGUCAAUUCGCACGGCACCGUCAUACAGCAGCAUCAGCCGCAGGGCCAGCCCAAGCGCAUACACUACAACAGCAGCAGCAGCAGCAGUGACAGCAGCACCGAUCAUCAGCAGCAACAGCAGCAGCAGCAGCAUCACCACCAAUCGUCGCUGAUCACCGAUGAUGUGAUGAUUGUGAAUGGCACGCAGAUGACAGACGAGUUGUCGGCACGCAUUUUGCAGAGCAUGGCCCAAAAGUCCUUCAGUCAGCAGCAGCAGCGCUAUCAGCAGCAGACAACACCAACAGUUACAGCAGCAGCAGCAGCAGCGGGAGCAGCAACAAAUACAAGCAUGCCGCCGCCGCAGCCAACAUCAGCACCUACGCAAAUUAUAUACGGUGGCAACAGCAGUAACAACAACAACAACAGCAGCAGCAGCGUUAGCGGCAGUAGCAGCGCAGUGACAGCGUCGUCGGGUAAUCUGCUGCUGACCCACUAUCAGGCGGCGGCAGGCAUGUCGCCCAGCUCGUCAGCAGCAACAUUGACACCAGCUUCAUCGCCAUCGCCAUCAGCAUCAUCCGCAUCAUAUCUCACGGUAACCUCCUCCAGCACACCCUCGGUGAGCAUCUCCUCGCAUGGCUUUGCCAGCGGCAGUGCCGCAAUGUCCUCGUACAUGUCGGCAACGGCGGCGCGUCGCCAAUCGGUCAGUGCGCCAAGUAGUCGAGCCACAUCACUGGAGCGCAAACAACAUCUGCAGCACGAGGCUCUCACAGCAGCAACCAUCCGCAAGCCGCCACCCAAUGUGGUCGAGUAUUAUAAGCACAGCCUGAGCCACAGCAGCAGCAGCAUUAGCAAUCUGACCGGUAAUCUCCGCACCAAUUCCAACACGAGUCUGCACACGGCGAUAACGUUGGGUUCGCCAGCGGCGCCACAUUUGCCACCAGUGCACGUGGAGGCAACAACGCUUAUGUUGAAGACCCAGCAGCAACAACAGCAGCAGCAGCAGCCGCAGUUGAGCGCAAACGAGGAGGAGCUAUACAUUGAAGAGGUGCGACCAGUGCCUGUGCACACACAGGAUUUGCGUUUGCAGCAACUGCAUGCUAUUAUGCAGGAUCAUACGUACGCCUCCCAGCAGCAGCAGCAGCAACAGCAACAGCAGCAGCAGCAACAACAACAGCAGCAGGCAGCCACCGCUGGAAGCACAUCCGCGCAGCAACAGCAGCCACAGCAAUGGUCUCUUGGUGGCAUUGGUGUAACGGUGGCAGGCGCCGCACCAGCUCCAGGCAGCUAUAGCAGCUACUUUGGGCAGCAGAUUGGACGGCAUGUGCCUGAUGAUGAUGCUCACUCGGCUAUAAGCGGCAGCUCGCGUCUGGCCGGUGCCGACAUCGAUCCCGGCGAGGAGACGGAAACGGCGCCCGAAGCGGAAGCUGAGGAUGAUUCAGUCACGCGCUGCAUAUGUGAACUAACCCACGAUGAUGGCUAUAUGAUAUGUUGUGACAAGUGCUCAGCCUGGCAGCACGUGGACUGCAUGGGUAUUGACCGUCUCAACAUACCCGAAGAGUAUCAGUGCGAGCUGUGCCAGCCGCGACCCGUGGACAAGGCCAGAGCACGUGCGCUACAGCGUCAAAAGCGACGGGAGCAUAUGCUGCUGGUGGCCACACAGGCGGCAAGUGGUGCACCCACAUCAGCAGUUGCCGCUGCGGCCGCCGCCGCCGCUUCAGCCGCGGCAGCAGCCAAUUCACUGGGCGCCGGAGCAACAGCAGCGGCUGGACUACUGUACAACAGCCAAGAGCUGCAGCAACACCAGCAGCAGCAGCAGCAACAGCAGCAGCAGCAGCGGCUGGGAGCCGGACCAAAUGGCGGAUUUGGCACUGGCGCUGUCGGCCUUAACAAGAAAUCGAAGAAAACCAAAGAUGGCGCCGCCGUUACGCUCAAGAAGAGCAAGAAGAGCGGCGAUAAACUGAAUGCCAGUGGCGGCACGGCCGGCGGCACAGCCAGCACCAAGUCGGCAAAGAAGAGCAGCAAGCGCAAGAGCAAAUCCAAUGGCGAUGGCAGCGGCGGCAGCAGUCCCGCCCUGACCGCCGCCGAGAAGCAUGCGGCCAACUUGCGUCAAUGGAUCGAACACUAUGAAUACGCGGUCACAAAUCAUUAUUCGCCGGAGCUGCGCGCCCGCCUGCACGCCAUACAGAAGCAGCCCAGCCUGCUGCAGAGCAUACAGAAUACGGAGAAUAAGGCAUUGCGUCUGAUUGCCGGCGGUUGUGCCAGUGAACUGGAGAAGCGCGCCCAACUGAUACCCUAUGCGGGUGCCAAGGUGUUGAUCAGCAGCAUUGAUCUGGCGCCGCAUGCGCCCAUUCACGAGCUACGGGGUAAAUACAUGCUGACCACACAGUUUCGCACGCAGAAUCCCACCGUGAACAUGAAUACGCCGCCGCCGAGUAACUAUUUGAAUAGCUUCAAAGUGCACAAGACGCCUGGACAGUUUGUGUUCUUCUAUCAGCUGCCUGGCGUCGAGGCGCCCAUGCAAACGCAUCCCCAGAUGGCACAUCAGCAUCCGCCACCACCGCUGCCCGCUUACCUCAAAGGACCCGAAGUCUGUGUCGAUACGCGCACCUAUGGCAACGAUGCGCGCUUCGUGCGCCGCUCCUGCCGUCCCAACGCCGAACUGCAGCACUAUUUCGAGAAAGGCACACUGCAUCUGUAUAUUGUGGCGCUGACGCACAUUCGGGCACAGACGGAGAUAACUGUGCGGCAUGAACCGCAUGAUUUGGCCGCCGUCGAACAGAAGAAAUCUCAUUCGGCGGUCAUACAGCCGACGAGCACGCGCUGUGCCUGUGAUCUGGGCAGCGAUUGCCUUUUCGCCCUGCCGCUCGCUGUCCAACAGCAGCUGCAGGCGCCGCCCGCUCAGCCGCGCAGCAGUCAUCGCAACAAGGCGGCCGCUGCUGCGGCGGCAGCGGCAACAGCUGCCAACAGCGCGGCAGCCAUACAGCUCACCAUGGGCCUGGGCAGCAGCACUGUGGCGGCUGCAGCAGCAGCAGCGGCAGCGGCGACAGCACGCAAUCGUUCCACCUCCUCCAGCGGUGAGAGCAGCAGCCAUAUGGGCCUUAAUAGUCCGCAGCUGAGCCAGUUGAACUUGGGCUUUAAGCCCAGUUCGGCGGCCCUGGUGACGGCAACAGUUGGCAGCGGUGCGACGGCGGCGGCGACGGCAUCAGCGACAGCAGCUGCAACAGCUGCUGCUGCUGCAAUGCUCUGCAGUAGCAAUAGCAAUGGCGGCAACAGCAACAAUUCGUGCUCCGUUUCUAUGUCCAGUGUGCUGCACGAUUCUGGAAUCUGUACCUCCUCCUCAUCGCCAUCUGUGUCCAUUCCAUCGCCCACACCGACUCAGUUGCAGUCGCCUACAUUGCAGCUGCAGCAACAGCAUCAGCAGCAGCAUCAGCAGCAGCAUCAGCAUCAACAACAGCAGCAACAGACAUCGCUGCUGCAGCGCAGUCCGACCCAGCAACAGCAGCAAAUACUCGCAGCGCUACCGACGCCCAUGUUGCUAUCUCCACAACUGCUGCAGAAGCCGACACAGCAGCAACCUUCGCUGUUGCAGACACAACAGCAACAGGAGCCGCUGGCGGUAAUUGCAGCAGCAGCUGCGGCACAGCAGCCGAUGACCACGUACUAUCUGCAGCCGCAGCAGCAGCAGCAGGUCAAUGUGCAUCAACAACAGCAGCAACAAGCGCAGCAACAGCAGCAGCAAAAGCAGCAGCAACAACAGCAGCAACAACAGCAGCAGCAGCAGCUGCAACAUUACGCACAGCAGCAGCAACAGUUGGCUGAUGAGGCACGCAUGGCGGUUAGUGCGCUGCAAACCUUGCAUGCUACGCCCACAGCACACAUUGUAACCCCUAUCAAGGUAGCAGCAGCAACACAGUCGUUGAAUCAACCACAGCAACAGCCCCAGCAGCAACAGUUGUCGCCACAGCAGCAACCGUCACAAGCACAGGUAUAUCAGCCACCAGUAUCGCCCACGAAAACGCCUACGAAAGCGUCUUUACAGCCUAACAAUAACAACAACAACAACAACAACUGCAGCAGCAAUAACAACAAUGUUAAUGCAACGCCAGCCGCACGAAAAACGCCCGCGAAAGCGACAACACCAACAACAAUCAGCAGCCCCUUACAAGACGCCAAGGAGGAGGAGACGACGUCCGCAUCAACAGCUAGCACACCGGCAACAUCAACUCCCGCCGCUAAAAAGGACAAACCAAAAUCUCGCGAGGAACGCAAGCUAGAGGCCAUAUUGCGUGCCAUUGAUAAAAUGGAGAAGCAGGAGGCGCGCGGCAAAAAAGCAGGCGGAGCAGCUGCUGGCGCGGACAGUCGCCAGUCGGGCGGCAAGCAGCGUGCCAGCAAUUCGCCAGCAUCGCCCCGCAAACGCAAUGCGAGCAGCAAUUCCAUUAGCGAGUCGGCCGAUUCCAGUGCAGUGGGCAUAGGCACGCCCACCACCAGCAACAACAACAGCAAGGCAAAGCGCAACAAAAAGAAGCGCAAAGUAAGUCGCAGCUACAACAACAACAACAACAAUAACAACAGCAAGCGCAGGAAAAGUCUGAGCGAAUCGGAUGCUGAAUCGCAUACCGAAUCGGAGCUAGCCUCCCCAGCCUUACAGCUUCCCAACAACAGCAGCAACAUCCUCCAGCAGCAGCAGCAGCAACAUCAGCAAUCGGCGGAUCAAGAUGCCGACUUGCUGCUGGCGCUGGCGCACAAUAACUGCGAGCCCUUCAAGCCGCCGGCAGCAACAUCUGCGGUAAGCAGUGCCUGUUUGCUAAUUGAGGCUGCGAUGGGUCCACUGGAGCAACAGCCGCCGCCGCAGCAGCAGAUGCAGUCGAUAGUGAAUCCGUUGCAGUCACCUUCAGUUGGCGAGUUCAAAUAUCCGCCCAGUGGGGCCAAGACCAAGAAAACGCUCAUGUCGAGCUGGUUCCAAUCGGAGCAAUGCGAGCACCAGCAACAAUCCGGUCUGGACAGCCUGGUGCAGGCGGCCAUGAGCGAAAUAAAUGGCUCCAGGGAGCAACUGCAACAGCAACAGCAGGUGCAGCAAAUCCCCCAACAGCAAAUGCAAUUGGAUGCGCCAGCUCCGGCUCUGCUCAAGGUGGAACAGUUUAUACAUCAAGUGGAGGCCACAGAGCGCUCACAGAUGACUUCAGUGCAGAACAAUUCGUCGGUUAAGAAGCGCUGGCUGCGACAGGCCAUUAGCGAGGAGACCACCGAUGACAAUCAGCCGCAGGCACCGGUUACGCCCACGCCCAGCAUAUCGCCGCAACAGCAGCAGACUUCGCCGCUGCUGUCCAAUGGUUUUAGCACGCCGCUUAAGAAGCGACGUCUGGUGGUCAUCAGCAACGGUGGCCUCGAGGCGACGGCAGCCGAGGAGCCGCAUAUUGAUGUCAUUGGCAGCGCCGGCGAGGAGGAGCAUAAGUUGGAGGAAUUGGUACCGAAAACGGAGCACUUGAAAGUCGAGACACAUCAGCACUUUGAGCAGGAUGACGAUGUGGACAUCUUGCGCUCGCCCAGUCCAGGCGCACAGCAAAUUGUGGCCGAGGACAAUCUGGUCAAGAUCGAACCAGAGGACACGAGUGCCGCAGCGGAGGAUGUCAAGAUUGAUGUGGAGCGUGAGGAGAGUCAGGCGUGUGAUAAGUUCGAGGAACUGCUUAAGGUCAAGCGCGAGCAGGAGGAACAACAACAACAGCAGCAGGAGCAUCAGCAGCAGCAACAACAACAGCAACAGGAGCAACCGAAGCCAGAGACUUUAACAGAGGAGAAACAACGGGUGGCCAAAAUGGAACCUAAGAUAGAGAUUAAACCAGAGCUAGCAAUUAAACCGGUUGCCAGCAAAGUCGCUCCAAUCCCGGAGCCCAAACCGGGUGAGUCGCUGUUGCGCACAGCAGCAGCAACAGCAAUGCCAGAAGCAACAGCAACAACAACAAUAAUAACUACAGCGCUUGUGGAUUCGGUAAAGCCUGCUAUCAAGGCGCGCGUAGCACCUGUGAAAGAAGAAGAGGAGCCGCUCAAAAAGAAGCCCAAACUGGAAGUGAACUCAACACCAGCAGCCGCAGCAGCAACAGCAGCAGCAGCAGCUGCUGCUGCUACUAAAGCAUUAGCAACACCCACGUCAGCAACACCAACGCUAGCAAUAGAAACGCCUGCAGCAAGCAGCAAAAAUCUGACCGAACUGGAUAUACAAGAGCGCUUGUUAUCCUUCCAUGCGGAAAAUAUAUCCUACUUGCAAUCGCGCAACAAGAAGGCAACCAGCAGCAGCAGCAGCUCCAGCAAGGGCAACAGCAGCAACACUGCUGGCGUAGAUCUGCCCGCCAAGAAAUCCGGCAAGGAGAAAGAUGAGAAGCGGGAGCGCGACAAGCAGCUGAAGAAGUCGAAAAAGGAUAAAAAGAAGUCUAAGGAGAAGGACAAGCUGAAGGCAGCUGCCAUAGCCGCUUUGGUGGCGGCGGCGCCGCCGCCUGAGCCCAAAAAGAAGCAGCCCAAAGAAAGCAAACAGCAGCAGCAAUUGUCAGCAAUAGUUGCAGCUGCAACAUCUGCAGCAGUAGCAGCGGCGACGACAAUUACAGCAACAGCAGCAACAACAACAACAGCAACAGCCAAUGGCAAGACGAAGCACAACAGCAACACGCUCGAGCAACAGCAGCAACAAUCGGCGCUGCGUCGUCGCACCAUGUCGAUGUGCAUAACACCUGCCACGCCCUGCCCAACAACUAUAGUGCCCACAUCUGCAAUACUUGCCACAACGAAGAAGCGUCAAACCAACUUUGAGCAGGAGCUGACCAAACCCAACAGCCAAAUACUCAGCAGCAGCUUAUUGCUCAACAGCAGCAAAGCACCGCAGCAACAUCAACAAGCGACAGCAACAGCAGCAGUAACAGCUGCAGUUGCCACGACCCCAACAGCACAGCAGCAGCAUCGCAAGGAAAACAACCACCAUCAUCACCAUCAUCAUCAGCAGCAGCAGCAGGAGGCAGUAGGUUCGAUGAGCCUGGCGGCUGCCAUAGCCAGCGGCAAGUUGACGCCCAUCAGUCGGCGGCGGGAGUCUAUGUGCGGCAGUCGCCAGCAGGCAGCGCUCAUAGCGGCAGCGAUCAAAAAGGAGAAGAAGGAAAAGAAAAAGAGCAAGAAAAAGGACCGUGAAAAGAAGCAAAAGGAUAAAGACAAGGUGUCGACCAAGACCAAGGGCAACAAUAAACAGAAGGUGCAACAGCAACAGCCACCAACUGCAAUAAAUGCAACGAUGCCCAAGCCGGCACUAGUUAAGGCAGCUCUAACUAAGCCAAACACACUUACUGUACAACCCGUACCCAUAUCAGCAGCCCCAAUACCCGUGCUGAUAACACAACCAACACUCGCAACACCAGCCGCCAUGUCCAUGCCCAUGCCCAUGUCCAUGUCGGUGCCCCUUGUCGUUGCCGGCAGCGCCUGCUCGGCGGCUAAGCAAUUGCCGUUUUAUAAUACGAUUUAUGGCAAACUGCAGGAGCCACCCGCGUUGCCAGCGAGCGCAGCAUUGGUGUCCUCGCCGAUGGCCAAAAUCAACAGCAGCAGCAGCAUGCCCAGUUUGGCCGAGUAUUUGGAGGCCACCAAAACAAAAGCGGCGACGGCGGCGGCGGUGGCAGUACCAGCUGUUGCUGUUGCAUCACCAUCAACAGCUGCAGCAAUUGUCACGCCAGCAGUAGCCGCCAACAGUAAAGCUAUUUCGGCGCUGGAGAGCAUGCCGCCACCGGCAACAACGCCGCUUAAGCUGUACACACGAACUGCCAGCCAUGAUCCACGCCUGAAUCCCAUGCUGACAGUGCCGGAGCCGGCGCCAAUGCCCAAGCGCAAGCUCUCCAUUAGUGAGUAUCGCAUGCGGCAUCGGCCCUCUGUGGAUGCGGCGCCGACAACGCCCACGACGCCUACAACUCCAACGGAGCGCUGCUUUGCCAAGCCGCAGACCAUCAACAAAUGUUCGCUUCAGUCACCGGAGCGCUUUCAGGCGAUGCGUGAGCGUCGCAAUUCCAUAAGCGUUCACCAAAACCAGAAAAACAACAGCAACAAUCACCACUACCAGCAGCAGCAGCAGCAGCAGUUGCCACAGCAGCAGCAGCAGCAGCAAUCUUCGGCGGUCAAGAGCAACACAAAGAACUCUGUGGUGAACUCAGCGGCAGCCACGCUGAGCACGGUCAACAGCAUCCUGAGCACCGCCCACAAGUUGCACAUGUUCGACGACAAGCCCAAGGGUGGCCACUUUAAUGCGGCGCCCACGUUGCUGGAGCAGCAGCAGGAGAAGAUGAGCGAACGCUCACGUUGCCUGCAGCGCACCAUUUCCUGUGAUUCGCGCGUCAUCGAGCGCCUGGGCGCCAGCACAACAGCUGCCGGUAGCAUAGUGGAUAAGGCAGCUGCAGCGGCCACCAGGCGAGAUGGUGCCUAGGCGCAAGGCCGUAGGCUGAGCAGAUAAUGGCAAUCUCCAAUUGAUGGAAUUAAAACCAGGAUAAACCAAAAAUGUAGCCCAGUUAAAUACAAUCCAAAUCUGUAUUGCUAACAACCAAUUGCUGGCGUAUCCACAGGAUGAUCUAUAUAUAUAUAUGCUAAACGCGCUUUCCUUAUUUAUACAAAUGUACAGAAAAUCCCGGAAGAAACGCAACGGCAGUCACAAAUAUUAAAUCCUUAUUAUUUUUGUUGUAAACGCUAUAACUCGCUAUAAUUAAUACUACUUGAAUACAUAUAUCUCUAUAUGUUUAUAUGUAAUAGACAGCAGCAAUGUAAUUUUCAAGAAAAAAAAAAAAACAAAAAACGAAAAAUAAGAAAUACCUUCUGCUAAACUAACUAGUAGUUAAAGUCGUCGCGUUUUUUUUUUCUUUUCGUAACAGUCGAGCAACUUAUGUAAUUCUACUCCAUAAAUAUAUCUUUAUAUAGUAGUAUAAAUACGAUAUAUAUAUAUAAUCGCUAUAAACGUAUAAAAUGCUUAGUAAUACAGGAGAAACAAACUAAUUGAAAGAAAAAAUGUAAGCAACUUGUUAGUUAACAUUAAAUUUCCUUUUGUUUUAAACUAAUUUAAAUGCAUAUAUGUAUUAAUAUACAAAUUAUAUUUUACUAUUAUACAUUUUUAGUUGCGUAGAGUUUCAAGAAUUUUUACUUUUAUUUAUACUAAUUGAAAUAUGCAAAAGAAAAUACGAGUACACAAUAUAUAAUUAUUGAUUUUUUUUUACUAUUCAUUAACCUAUAAUAGUUGUAAAGUUGAUAAGAGAAGAAAAAAAUAUGAACUACCACAUCUGAUUAAAACGGAAAUUGAUAACAACAUAACCAGGCUUAAAACGCAAGCAAUACUAUAAACCAAAAUAAAUGGAACUAAACUGUAAAUAAAUAAAUUUUGCAAACACGUAAGAGCGAAUCGCAUAUUGUUAAAUAUUUGUACAUAAAAUUCACAAAAAAUAACUUGUUUAAUUGUUAGUUUUAACCAAAAAAAAAAAAAACCACAAAAAAAAAGAGAACGAAAAAGAAAAGAAAAAAAAACAAACGCUACUUUAGUUUGUAAGCUAAACAUUGAAAAAAGAGUACAAAACGCGAGUUAAUUGAACGUAAUUAAACUUAAGCAUAUGCCUAAAAACAACAACAACAACAAAUUUAAAAUUUAAACAAUGUAUAUAACAGGCUCUAAACUAGGCCGUCGCGUAAUUAGCUUGUAAGAAUCCCUUUCCACUCCCAGCACAGAUAUUUCAUUUAUAUUUCAUUCAAAUCUUCAGAAUCCCUUAAAACAAAAUAUACUUUCUUAUUUAUGGAUUGAUUUAUUUUUUCUCGUUUCUAAAAACAAUUUACUCAAGGUUGUCUCCGAGAAAUACCAGAAAAAUAGGAAAGUCACCUAACCCUGUGAAUAUGUCUAACUAAUUUAAUAUUUAAGAAUUACAACUCCAAAACAAUUAAAGAGAUCCGCUCCUUUUUUAAUACUUACAAAUUGAAAACAAAUUUUUAAUUUUUGUAUAUAACAACUUUUACAUUUAACAUUUAAGCAGUUGAAAUCUUUUGGAUUCGCAGAAUUUUUUUAUAAUAUUUAAUUUAGCGUUACAAUUAUUUCCAAAUUCAAAAGUUUGUGCUGCUUAAGAUGGUUUCAAAUUGGCUCUUCUAAAAUGAAAGUUUCAUAUUUUAUUGGCGUCGCUUAGUUAAAUUAAUUUUGAAUGUUAAUUAGGAUGGUCUGAAAAUAUUUGAUAUUUUCUCUACUUUUUGGGACUACUUCAAGAAUAUAAAUAUUGCCUAAACCCUAUCUAUGAAAGAACUUCCAUCAUAAAUUUCGCUUCAACUUUUCUUCUCUAUACAACUUUUCAAAAAAAAAAAAAUUAAUUUUCUUGAAGUAUAGCCAGAACAUUUUCUUUUUACUUCUUCAAAGUACUUUUGCUGAUUUCUUAAAAUAUAUAUUUUAUAAACUUUCUGUGAAAAAUUCAUUUAAAAAAUAUUGAGUUUUAGAUUGGAAGCCAUCUUAAAAAACAUGAUUUUUUAAAAGAAUUCUAAUAUAUUUAAAUGCUAUAGAAGGUAGAAGGAUAACUAUAUUAUAUUUACUUUUGUUGUUUUUUCUAUGGGUUAUUCUUUAUGUACAUAUUAAACAAACACAAGAACGAUUUUUGUAAGGAGAAAGUGUAAAAUACAAAAUGCUAACUUAAGAAAACGAUUUUAUAUUAAAAAAAUAUAUUGUUAAUUUAUUUAAGAUCUGUAUAAUACUAAACUACAUUUAGAUACAAUAUAUAUUUAAAAAAAUUUCGUAAAGAAAAUGGAGAAAAGCAAAAGAAAAUUAGUUUUACAGAAUUACACAAGAAAUUACGUAUAAAUUAUUUGAUGGAAAAUCAAUGUAAUCAUUUUUACUGUAAUUUAAGUAUUUUGCAUAACUUUUAAGUGCGAAUUUGAAUAAUAAGAGUAGAGUUUUUAGCCUUAACAUUUGGUUUAACUGAUGUACAUUAAAUAUGUUAAUUAUUUACUAAAAACAAAAA